AUGGAGAUCAACGGUGGAGAAGAUCGAUACGAAGAAUCAUCGGAGUGGUUCGUAAAGUAUCUGAACCGUCAAGGCGACUGGUUAGAAAAAACCAGAGGAAAUCUAAUGGUUGCAGCGACGGUUAUAGCUGGUAUGAGCUUUCAAGUUAUGGUUAGUCCUCCAGGUGGCGUAUGGGAGAGUGAUAAUUGUUCAUCUGGAGAUCGAAAUUGUAAGGCAAAAGCGGGAACUUCGGUAUUCGAGCACGAGAGUUCGAAACGUGGACUAUAUCUUGGAAUGGUUAUUAGCAGUACGAUUUCGUUUUCUGCUUCAAUGAGUCUCAUCCUACUCGUCAUCAGUGGUUUACGGCUCAGGAACCAGAUGAUAAUGGCGAUUCUAGUAACGUUUAUGGUAGUAGCGGUUCUUUGUAUCUCGGCGGCGUUUUUCUUUGCCGUCGCACUGGUUCAGUCUGAUGAUCAAAUAAUCAAGUAUAUACUAACGAUUUAUUUGGGAUUUUGGAUUGUAUUUCCUGUUAUAAUACUCGUGAGCCAACUAGUUCGGUUUUUAGGCUGGCUUAUUUGUUACAUAUGUUGUUGUCCUCCACGUCGACGACGGUCUCCUCCACGACUGCUGCCAUUUGUCCCCUCCACGGCUGCUGCCAUUGGUCCAUCUCCUGCCCAUUAACGAAGAGGAGGAAACGGUGGCUCGAACCCAUGUAUGAAAUGAA